AUGGAUCGCCCCCGACCUCCCCGUCCGCUCGACGAGACUAUCGCGAAAGCAAACGGGUCAUCUGUUGCCUUAGAUGCCACUAGGGAAAAUCUUGAGGCAGGAAAAACGGGACCUACUCCGUCGCUUAAGGAAAUCAUCGAAAUCAGAACUCGCGAGAAUGGUCGGUUGCGUGAAGAAUUAGCAUAUCUCCACCAAAUUCAAAUAUUAGGUGAAAAUCUUCGUGAGGAGGUUCAAUACCUUAGCGAAAGGUUGCAACUUGCCAUCAGCAGCUUUCGUAAGGGCCUAAAUGAUAUCAACAGGGCGAGGUAUAAUGUCUGA